GUUCCAGAACGAUGCCUCCGGCUUGGCUCCGGCUGGGCUAUAAUGCCGUUGGUGGACUCAGCGUGCGAUUUGUGUGCCUGCACGCUCGGUUUUUGGCUGACCAUCAUCGCUCGCUCCGUGCUCCCCUGAACAUCGCCCCGACUGGCCCUGUCGCCCUCAACAUGCUCUCGAAUUGUCGUCGUCUGUAACGAAAUGCACCACCCACUCGCCACGAUCUACCUUGGACGGAUGGACAUCGGCCCUGCCCUCCUCCAACUGCGACCCAACACAUACCGUUCGACCCUUGCUCAAUACCUCGGAUUUGCACACCAAGUCUCCGUCGACCCGCACAGCUGGUCGCAUCGUCAUGGUGUCGACCACUGGGACCCAUCCAUGUCUGGAUCGGACCCUUACGACUCACAGCCGUCGAAACGGAGAUACCGAAUGGCCGAUACGGAUGCAUCGGGGCCCGGACGCCGCGAUCGCUCGUGGCACGGCGGCCAACACGCAGCCCUGUCGGGUAACGUCCGGUCCGAGUCGUAUCCUCCCCGGAGCACGCAGUCGGAUGAUCGAUUCGAGUCCGAAAAGACUACUGUCGAUCCAGCAGCCCCCGCCUUCGUGUUCAAAUCGCUGUAUGCAGAGUGUCUGAGGCUGAUAUCGGACCUCCCAGCACCGCCGAAUCUGGACAUGGACAAGCUUCGGUCACUUGCACCUGCCAAGAAGCCGACUCUUGAGGCGCCUUGCCCCGUUCCGGCAGCAUUUGUUCACAUGGAUGUGGACUCGUCCGCCCCCAGUAUGGAUACGAACGACGUCGACGUCCUGAUGAGCGACGUGCCUGCCUCGGAUGCUGCACCUCUCGAGACCGCGACGUCCGAGGCAAAAGCACCUAUGGACCUUGUUCCGGAACCUGCGCCUGCGUCUGCACCAGAGCCCAAGCACAUCAAAAUGGAAAUCGAUGUCGUCUCCGCGGCGUCAAGUGCUCCGCAGGUCAAGACCGAGCCCGCCAGCCCCGUUGGCGCCGACAGCCACUCUAUUGCCUCGGCGGCUCCGGCAGCCAUGGUCGGGGUCAAGACGGAGGUGGAGGCUGUGCUGUCGACCAAGCCGACGUUCAGCUUCCGGAAGAUUGGGGACCGAGAGAGCCUGAUUCUGUCGUGGCAGAGUCUGCCGGAUCUCUCGAGCAUCCAAGUUCCGAAGGAGCUGUUGGUGAUCGGCAUGGCGGAGCCGGCAUCUCGUGUUCGGCGGGACUCCUCGAUCUCGCGGGCGAACAUCAAGCAGGAAUCGAGUGCCGGGCAUGCUCGGUCUGCUGCGACGCUGUCCAAGAAAUCAGACUUGAGCUCGGACCGAAAGGACGGCUCCGCAAAGCGCAAGGAAGCCACACGCGACCGCAAGGAACUCGUGCAUGAUCGACGGGACUCUGCGUACGACCGCAAAGACCGCUCGUAUGAUCGCAAGGAUCGCUCGUACGAUCGCAAGGAGACCGGCCACGAUCGGAAAGAUCCUGCCGUCAAGUCCGAGAUCACCUCACCUCGGCUGCACUCAAGCCAUCAUCAGCACCACCAUGCUGAUGAUCGGCCGAGCGUCCUUGGCGGCGCUCGCGAGGUGAAACAUGAGACGCAGACGACGAGCCGAUCCAGUGGCUCGAAGAAACACAGAGACGAUCCAGGCGCCACUGAGUCUUCAAAGCUGAAACUGACGGCCAAGAUGACGCCUGCAUCCGCAGCCGCCAGCGACGGCCCGUCACGGACAUCCGCUCGGUCCGAUACCCCUCAGCGGCAACAAGGGCUGCUGGAUCCAAGCGUCAAGCAGCCCUCUGGAUCAAGGCCAUCGCACGGCGCGUCAGAGUCCCAUGCUCGGUCGUCUCUGUCUGCUGCCAAAGAUGCACCCGGUGCGUCAGUGAAGACCGAGGGACAUAGGCUCGACAGCAGCGACAAGCACGAUCGCGACCACGCAUCGAGUACGCGGCCUAGACGACGCAGCGGAUCGGCCAUCCCGACCAUCAGCACUCGACCUACCGCGAGUUCCGAUCGAUCGGCUUCCAACGUUACGGACGAGCAGGGUGGAUCGAUCAGGUCGCCGACAAGCCAGACGUCAGGUGCGGCGGCUGCUUCAUCUGCUGUGUCGUUGGCGGGUCGGAUAGCAAGCCCCGUCGGCGAUUCCAAGACGCCCAUCAAGCGCAUGACGCUCUCAGAGUAUCAGAAGGCCCAGCCGACACCACCGAGUGGCUCAGGUGCAGAUGGAGCUGUGAUGUCGCCGAAACCAAGGUCCGAGCCCAAGCACAUCAACACCGCCGCCCCUGCCACCCCCGCCGCCCGCAACAUCAAUACCACCAGCAACACCACCAGCGCCUCCGCCAACAACACUAACAGCAGCAGCGCCGGGCGCGAGCUGAACAAGGACGAGCGUAGCCGGCAGUUCCGGCGGCUGUUCCGUGCGCACAAGGAAAUGUGCAAGCAGAUCGAAGUGUGCGACAACAGCAAGUCGUCGUGCAUCCACUCUUUCGCAUCGAUUCUGUUCCUGCUUCAUGCUUGGCAGGUGGAAAUCGACAACCUGCGAACGACCCGGAGCUUGGAUCUGGCUCAUUACGUCAUCGAAACGUGGCCAAAGGAAAAGGGAUACAUGCGCAAGCGUAUCCAGGUGCUGCGGCAGCCAAUCCCCGAGCUGGCGAUGUUUGGCGACCGGAUCGUAGACCUGAUCCAGUACGAGCUCGGAUGCGCCUUCCCAAGCGACCUGGGUGACCGCGAUAUGACGCGCAAGUUUGAGGCGCUAAAAAUGAGUAUCGAGCAGAAGGAGGCGGUCGAUAUCUCCACCGUGACAAAACACUUUCCAAAAGUGACGAGUCUCGCAAUCGGCACGGAUCUGCAGUAUGCCCUGAGCCUCUACCGCGAGUGCAUUGACGAGUACCGGCUGAGGCACCACAUUGCGUUCAACUUUAUCAGCUUUUAGAAUGGUCUCGAAGGCCGGGCCCGCCCGCCCGCAAACAGCCAAACGGUACCGAUGGUUGGUCCAGCCGGUCGAUCAAUGCACCCGUCUCCGUUGGAUCUUGGACAGCCGGACAGAUACGUCGCAUAGCACGGUGCAGCGGGAC